AUGCUCGCCACAUCGUGGGAGCACAGCCUGCGCGCGAAUGUGGCGCGUGCCGCGGACGUCUUGAGAUACAACUGGCAUCUGGGUGUCACAGCUUUUGGAGGCCCUCCGGUGCACUUCAAAAUUUUCCAGGAGCUCUUCAGUAUCUCUCAGGCCCUCUCGGGGCCUGCGAGCACGAAGAUGCUGUACUGCAUCAACCUCAUCCAAAAUGGCCUCCUCGGCGCCAUCCUUGCCUUCUUUAUCUGGAGUCUCCCUGGCGCCCUGGGAAUGUACGGCCUCUCGGUCGGUGUCUCGGCGAUCGGCUCCUCCCUCCCGCGCGCCGUCUACGCCCUCCUUUCGGGUCUCAACGCUGCCACCGUCGGCAUCAUCGCCCUCGCAGCUGUGGAACUCUCAGACAAGGCCAUCACCGACAAGCUCACCCGCACCGUCGUCUUCCUGUCCGCGGCCGCGGGCAUGAUGUACAACGCGCUGUGGUACUUCCCCGUGUUGAUGUGCGCCGCGGGGUGCGCCGCCGUCGUGCACGACUACCGCUGGGUCCACAAGCCCGCGCGGAGGGCCGCGGGGAUGGUGAGGGCUCUGCUGGGGAAGCGAAGGGAGAGGUCUUCCGGGGAGAACGAUGACAUUGAUCGCGGGGUCGAGCUGCAGGCUACUACGACGACGGCCACGAACCAAGGUAAAGCUCUCGGGUCCGUGGGGGCCUCUUCUGCCGCCGCCUUGCGGCCUUCGUCGGCGGAACAGCGAGGUAUCGCUUCAACCUACUCUGUACCGCGCUCAGAGGCCCCAUCGCGGGAGGACGAAGUCCGCCAUUCUUUGGCCGAAUCCGAGCCCCGCGUCAUCCCCAAGGGGUUCCGCCUCAACUUCUCCUGGAAAGCCGGCAUGGCCGUGAUUUUUACCUUCUUCGCCACCUUUGUCGGCGUGAUGAUCGCCCGCGGCGUGGUGAAAGACCUGCCCAUCUUGUACAACCUAUUCUCGAAUCUCUACCUCGCCGGGACCAUCAUCUUCGGCGGCGGGCCGGUGGUGAUCCCGCUGCUGCGGGAGUACAUCGUCGCCGAAGGGUGGGUGUCCCCUAGAGAUUUCCUCAUUGGCCUGGCCAUUGCGCAGUCAUUCCCGGGUCCCAACUUCAACUUUGCUGUGUUCCUUGGUGGUCUGACGGCGAUCAACGCAGGCCACUCGGCCGCAGUUGGCGCCCUCCUCGCUUACAUUGGGAUCUUCACCCCCGGCAUCGUUCUUGUUCAUGGCACGAUGGGUGUAUGGGGCGCACUGAGGAGCAGGCCGUGGGUGAAGGCUGCUGUUCGGGGAGUCAAUGCGGCGGCCGUGGGACUGAUUUACACUGCCGUGUAUCGGAUCUGGCAGGUCGGAUAUCUCGACGAGGGCUUCCAGUCUGGCAGGAGUCUGGGCGAUGACCCGUGGUGGGUUGUUGCAACAGCCACCGCGUAUGUAGGAGGCAGAUACUACGGUGUCGCAGCGCCGUUUGCUAUCCUUUUGGGCGCUGCGAUGGGUCUGAUUCGAUAUGGAGUUGUGUCCGGACGAGAGUGA